UUUAUAAUUAUGCGUAAUUGCAAUGUAAUAACAAAACAGGAAGUUUAGAACAUCAGCUGGAAAAUGGCGAUCGAUAACGAAACCACAACUUGAUUCUUAGUUUUAUUCUUAAAUAUUUUACAGAUGCCGAAAAAGGUUACAAAUGGAUCAUCAUAAUAUUGUCCGACAGUUUCAAAAUCUCCGAGUGUAUUCAAACUCGCGUCUGGUGAGUAUGGAUGAAUUGGUUCAAGAUCUUGCAAAUGCAUUGGAAGAAUCAACUUCACCAGUUAAGAACUCUAAUCAUUCAGUGACUACUAAAAGACCUUAUAAAAAACGAAAAGGAAAGAAACGUAGAACACUUUUAUUGGACUGUGGAAACAUGAGUGAGACAUCAGCGAGUAGUUAUGACGAAGCCCUUAGAGAUUAUUUUGAAAAUUUUACCCGAAAGAGUGACUCAGAUGAUGAUAUAGGAAAAAUAACAAGACUUUCUAUGCCUUUGAAUUCAAACUUUAUGCAGAGUGUUGAAUCGGAUUCUGUGAAUGAAAGUAUUAUAUCACCGUUACGACCUCAGAGGCGAAGAAAAAAGUAUAAAGCCAUGGCAACAGAUUCAGAAUCAGAGACAUGUUGCAUGAAACCACCAUUAGGAAUUACCGAUCACAAAUCCAAAACUCACAAAAUCAGGUGCAUGUCAAAUAUGAAGACAAACGAUGUCAUGUUUGGGGUAGAAGAAGAAGUGCAUCCUGGGAAAAGGAAAAGAAGCUCCAAGUCAAGAGCUGAAUAUUUGACGAGCUUUGAUCAGUCUAAAAAUAGCAAUGACCAGAAUUCCAUGGAAACAGGAAGCAAUAUAGAGAGCAGCUCUGGACUGAGUAGUAGUGAGAGUGAUGGACUCCUCACAAAUGAUGAAGCUCGGGAAGCUGAUGACGAGCAUAGUGACUUUUACUAUGAGUCGGGACCAGCCUGUGGAAUUCCUGGCAUCAUAAGAUGGUGGGAGAAUGAUUCAGAGGACAUAGAAUCUGAAUCGGAGCGACAGAAGUUCCAACAGAUAUUGACUGGCUCCUUUGAACACAUACCAAAAUCUUCACAGCUAGCAUUCAGAGCCAGAGUCACAAGAAUGAUGGCUAAGACUGGAAGACCAAUCAGAUUUGGAAGAAGAAAAUUAAAAGAGAAGGAACCAAAAUACACCCUUUCUCGCUUCCUGAAAGAGAGGCAGAAAUGGAACGAUAUACAGGGAUUUCCCUCUGGUUUUAAAUCGAAUGGAAAUGGAGAUCAGAAGAGAUUCCGCAAAACUCCACCCCUACAAAGUCCCAUAGAGGAAGGUGUAGUUGGAGGUAAUGCUGACCCUAUACCAGAGAGUAAUAUAGGAAAUCGGAUGCUACAAGACAUGGGGUGGGUCCCCGGGAACGGACUGGGGUCAGAAAUGGUAACACAAUCUUUCCGACGGCCAAAACGACAGGGCUUAGGCUGCAGUUCACACCCAUACAUACGAAGCAUGGACUCCUAGUUCAUCCUCAUUUUGUCAAAAUUUUUUUUUUAGAUUUUAUGUUAAUGAUGUUUUUAGUGAUAGUUUUUUAAAAACACAAGGUGACUAACUUGUAUUUUAAGAAGCAUUGCUGUUUAGAUCUCUUUAAUUAUUUUUCGUCAUAUUUUAGGGAAUUUGUUUUUGGUAGACUUUUAGUUUUAUGGUUUUAUUUUUUUUUUUAAACUGAGGGUCUCUGUGGCAGCAUUAUUUAUUCUAACAUUAUGUCAGAAUUAGUUUAAAAUCAUCAGGCAUUUGAUGUUAUAAAGUGGUUAUACACAUUUAAUGGACAUUUACAAUGCAUAUACAUGUACAUAAAACAUUUUUCUCCUGCUUAAUAUACUUAUAAUUAGUACUAAAAUUUGAUGCUAUUUCUAAUUUUAAUAGGUAGUACUUUUUGAAUUUGUUAAUUUGAAGUAUCUACAUUUAUAUUAAAUGUAGAUAAACUUCUGAAGACACUUUGGUUAAGAGGACACACAUUCAUAUUGUCUGACAUCACAAAGGAUGACUGCACUUAAGGAAACUUAGAAAUUGCGACAUAAUUAAUUU